AUGGGCUGGGUCGGGGUCGCGACCUUGGUUGCGACUGCAUGUUUUAUUCUUUACCGACAUCCUCCUUCUACCUGGGCGCCUCAGCCUCCUCAGCCCGAGAAACCAUCCGCGCAGCCUCCCAUCACUGAUAGCACCCAGGAUGCGACAGAGCAGUCCGAGCCUGAUCUAUCUACGGAAGAAUCCCAAACCACCCCUAAAGCCUCUGCAACAAACGUACCUUCUAUUGCGAUACCUUCUUUAAAGCUCGACAGCGAGCCCAAAUCGGCGGUCGCGGAACAUGAUGACCAACCCCACAACAAUGGACCGAUAAACCCCUUAACCUCUCAAUCGGCAACAGCAGCAGCAGCAGCAACAGCGACAGCGACAGCGACAGCGACAGCGACAUCAAAUCUCAACCCUCAAAAUGAGAACUCGAUGCCUCCGCCACCACUACCGCCUUCCUCGACCCUCUCCGCUGCUACCUCUGCCAAAACCACCUCCAUGCCUCCGCCUCCCCUCCCCCGACUCCGUCCGACAGCAUCCCAGCAAGCACAGCGAGCACCAUCCUCUCUGACCGCAGGACGCUACCCCCCACGCCCGAACGCCAACGCCGGUACAGCGGGGUCUCUCCGCCCGCCCCCGUCAGCAGCCUCCUCCCUGCGCGCACCGCCAAGCAGCUCUCUCGCGCCCACCAAGCUGAUCGCGAAGCCUCCGUCCUCAUCGUCAUCCAAGAAACCGAUCCUCCAGCCAGGCUUCUCACCACUCGACUGGGCCGCGCUGACCUCCAACCCGAACAACAAUCUCCGCGGCGCGAAUCUGCCACCCACGCUGAUCAGGGUCACACCGUCGAUGCUCAAGGCGCAGAACGGGCGCAAGGGAGCCGACGCGUGGACGUCGUACCAAGGGAAGGUUUACAACAUCACCCCGUACCUUCCGUUCCAUCCGGGUGGAAAGGGGGAACUGCUGCGCGGGGUGGGCAAGGACUCCGGGAAGCUGUUCAUGGAGAUCCACCCGUGGGUGAAUUGGGAUGCGAUUCUCGGGGAGUGCUUGGUCGGGAUUUUGGUGGCGGAGACCGAGAGCGCGGAAGCGACGAACCAGUUGGACGCGAUGGAUUGA